UACACACAUAACACACCUCACAUCACGUAAAUAGGUUUUCUUCCUUGUAGAGACAAUCAAAGCUGUGAGUCGCUCUCUCUGGUGAGUUCAGCAGUAGUUUGCAGAGGUGCUGUUGAAGUGAACGCGAUGGGGAAGAUAGAGUGGGCGAUGUGGGCCAAUGAGCAGGCUCUGGCUUCAGGACUCAUUCUCCUCACUGGAGGAAUUGUGGGAGUGGCUGGCCAGUUCAGAGGAUGGCAGUUUGCUGCUUAUGCUGUUGCUGCUGGGGCAUUUGUGUGUCUACUUGAGUAUCCCAGAAGCAAGAGGGCCAAGGGCACAAGUAUGGAGAGAACGGGCCAGUACUGCUUCACCGUGUGUGUGAAAUCCUUUGGGCCAGUGACAAGGAACUACUAUGUCAGAGCGUUUUUACACGCUGCCAUCUGUGUACCUGGAGGUUUUAUGCUUUCUACUGUCCUCGGAUGUGUCUGCCUCGGCAUUGCCAGCCUCAUCUACCUUGUAGCAGCUAUCAGAGGUGAACACUGGGAGCCCAUUCUCCCCAGGAAGGAGGAGAUCCGAAAGCAAGGCCCGAGCCUGGAACCUCCCCAGAAUCCACCACCAAGACCUCCUCCUGAGACGCGCAGGAAACGGGUAGAGGACCUGGAGGGAGCAGCCUAUGACAACCCCAUCCCUGUUGUAGACUAACCAGUCCAUUGUCCCAUCCUCUGUAACCCUUCCCCUAUACAUGUCUGCCUGAGAUCUUGGUACAGUUUAACCCAUCAAAACCAGUCACAGUGGGACGUCAUCAGAUUCUGUGAGCUUUGACAAAUUAAUAGUUUUCUAAAGUUAAGUGACUGGAAGUUGGGUGUGCACCUUCUUACCUCAACCUGCAGAGAAGUACCUUGAAAACAAUGUAAAUUAUUCGUAGCAAUAAUUGAGAAUUCAAAGAAGGAUGUUUGAAGUGAAUUUUAUUUUGAAGGAGAAAAAAAAAAACAUGCCACUGAAGAUAAACGCGUAUGUUAUAGCUGCUAAGUGGCAACCAAAAACAAAAGUUGUCAAAAGUCAAAAGACUGUAGGUGGCGUUGGUAUUUUUACUGCUGUUAUAGAAGUUAUAAAAGAGCAAACCAAUACCUGAUCUCUGUGCCAAUCACCAUACUGUAUAUUUUAAACUGUGUUGCAUCCACUGUAUUGUGUUGCCAUACAUAGACCUUACAAUAUAUUGUAUUAUGUACUUACACUCUGUUCUUAACCCCUGUGUGUUUGUGUAUUUCUUGAGGUCAACUAAUCACAAUACUGUAGGACUAUAUGACGCUCUUUGCUUGUAUUAAAUUGACAUAUUGGGUUUUGGCUGUAUCAGGCUGAUAUUAAGCAUUUAUUAUUAUUAUGUGUAUCGUACUGUACGUUGAUGUCUUGUAAAUAAAUCCCUUGUGCCCUUCGAAUCAUGA